AGCACCCAUGGCGCGCGCCACUUCCAGCUGUCAAACCAGGAACAUUUACCAGUUUAUUUAGUUUUCAGCCCGUUGAAAGUCUAACAGUUGUAAAUAACAAUGGGAAUAGUCCUAUCUAGAUUUCGGAAAAAGAAAUCUACAAUAGAAAUCUUGGAGCAAGUUGACCAGGACAUAAAAAGACUUGAACAGUUUAAAAGAAAGAAUCAAGAGCGUCAGAAGUGGUUUAUCGCAAAACUUCUUCUUUAUUCUAUUCUGCUGUAUGUUGUAUCGGCUUUAGUUUUCUACUUUUACUACUUCCCAGAAAAAUGGAAGGACAGGCUGCUGUAUUCUAUACCAUUACUGUUGUUUCCAGUAGUGAUAUGGUGUGUAAAGAAAGUUUUACAUUGGUACUUUAUAAAAAGAAUUGCUAAAAAUGAUCUCGCUUUGGAAGAGCUCAGGGAAAAGAAGAAGCAAAUAUUGGAAGAUGUGAUGGAGACAGAGACAUACAAGAAAGCAAGGGAAAUCUUGGAAAAGUUUGAUCCUGCCAGGUUUAAAGAAUUAGAGGCUCCAAAAGAAACACCAGCAAAGCCUACACCUGGUACAGAGUUAAGGCAAAGACAAUUUGCUCAGCGUACAUCACCAGGUUCUCAGCCUAGACCAGGUGUAACACCUGGUUACCCAGGUAUGACACCUAUGAGGCCACAGCAAGGACCGGGGUCAAAUAUCAGGCCUGGAAUGACACCAUAUGGUCCAAGAGGAAGUGCUCAAGGCAUCCAGCCAAGAAAUUUGAUGAAUUCUCCCCAGAUAAAUGGUGGAACCUCACAAGGUCCACCCCUACCGCGACCAGUGUUACCACGGGAGAGAGGGACCAUGGACAGGUUAUUGGAAUACCUGGUGGGUGAUGGCCCACAGAAUAGAUAUGCUUUAAUAUGUGUCAACUGCUCCUCUCAUAAUGGUAUGGCAAUGAAGGAGGAAUUUGAGUACAUAACGUUUCGCUGCUGUUACUGCUACAGUGUGAACCCAGCCAAGAAGAAGAGACCAUAUGCCCCUAGAAUAGAACCACCAACACCAGCUCCAAAGGUCCAAGCCACAUCUAGCAAAG